AUGCCCACUCCCAACGCCGCCUCGCCGCAGGCCAAGGGCUUCCGCAGGGCCGUCUCCGAGCUGGACGCCAAGCAGGCCGAAGCCAUCAUGGUAAGAGGCCGGAACGGGCCGGAAGCGCAGGCGUGUCCCCCGAAGCAACCCCGGGCCCCCCUGGCCACCAGGAUGGUCCCCAAGGCGUCAGCCACCACCCGAGGGCCCCCUGAGUUCGAGAGCUCCUGGACGCCGUGUGGCCUGAGGGCCCGUCGAGACCCGUGUGCCCUCGUUGCUGGGCAACGGGAGGUGGCGGUGACGUUUGAGGCCCAAAUCCGGCACCUGGAGACCCGGCCGGCCCAGAGGCCGCGCGCAGGGGGCCCCCACCUGGAAUACUUUGUGUGCUGUGAGGUGCCCAGGGCGGACCUGCCCGCCCUGCUCAGCUCCGUGCGCCGGGUGGCUGAGGACGUGCGGGGCGCCAGGGAGAACAAGGUCUUCUGGUUCCCAAGGAAAGUUUCCGAGCUGGACAAGUGCCACCACCUGGUCACCAAGUUUGACCCUGACCUGGACUUGGGUCACCCGGGUUUCUCCGACCAGGCGUACCGGCAUCGCAGGAAGCUGAUCGCCGAGAUAGCCUUCCAGUACAAGCAUGGCGACCCCAUUCCCCGUGUGGAGUACACGGCCGAGGAGAUCGCCACCUGGAAGGAGGUCUACACCACCCUCAAGGGCCUCUACGUCACUCACGCCUGCCGGGAAUACCUGGAGGCUUUCCAGCUGCUGGAGCGUUUCAGUGGGUACCGGGAGGACAGCAUCCCUCAGCUGGAAGACGUGUCCCGCUUCCUGAAGGAGCGGACAGGCUUCCAGCUGCGGCCCGUGGCCGGCCUGCUGUCCGCCCGGGACUUCCUGGCCAGCCUGGCCUUCCGAGUGUUCCAGUGCACCCAGUACAUCCGACACGCCUCCUCGCCCAUGCACUCCCCGGAGCCGGACUGCUGCCACGAGCUGCUGGGGCACGUGCCCAUGCUGGCCGACCGCACCUUCGCUCAGUUCUCCCAGGACAUCGGGCUCGCGUCCCUGGGGGCUUCCGACGAGGAGAUUGAGAAGCUGUCCACGCUGUACUGGUUCACGGUGGAGUUCGGGCUGUGCAAGCAGAAUGGGGAGGUGAAGGCCUACGGUGCUGGACUGCUGUCCUCCUACGGGGAGCUCCUGCACUCUCUGUCUGAGGAGCCCGAGAUCCGGGCCUUCGACCCGGAUGCUGCAGCCGUACAGCCUUACCAGGACCAGACUUACCAGCCCGUCUACUUCGUGUCCGAGAGUUUCAGCGACGCCAAGGACAAACUCAGGUGCCCAGGCCCCCCAGGUGCCCCCAGACAGGGCGAGCCUGCAGCAGGCCCGGGCCUGUGA